AUGACAUCAUCUUAUUUCUUUUUCAUUGUAAGCUGCAUUAUCAUUAUCAUUUCGUCAUACCCGGCUAGUGUCGCUUCGUCCAAGACCACCCUCGUUAAACCUCGGGGAUUAGCCAUCGAGCUCAUCCACCAUGAUUCUAUUCAAUCUUCAUAUUAUAAUCCAAAGGUCACCAUAUCCGAACAGGCUGAACGUGCCAUUAAUGGUUCGCUUGCCCGCAUCCACUCAUUGAGCAAAAUAAGCGCUACUCCAAAUGAUGACGACGUUCGUGCCACUCUCAUUCCAACCGUUAGCCUACACGGUUUCGUUGGCAAUAUAUCCAUCAGUAUGCCGCCAGUCCCGCAACUUGUGCUACUUGACACCGGAAGCGACCUCCUUUAUAUUGAUAAAUCCACCAUAGCCGGUAACUUCACCUCUCAACAAGCGACCUUUGAGACAUCUGAUGAGGGCACGAUAAAGGUGCCGAUUGAGGUGCUCGGAUGUGGCCACUCAAAUAAAUACGGUGUGGAUGGGCAAGAAAGCGGGAUAUUAGGACUAGGCCUUGGGGAUGGUUAUUUGCCAAAUCUGGUUAAACAAUUAGGCUCCAAAUUUUCCUACUGCUUCGACCUCCAAGGUAUUAGCGUCGGAGAGAAGAAGCUACAAAUCGACCCCUUGGUAUUCAAAAGAGGCCUGAUGGGUCAAGGAGGAGUGAUCAUAGACUCGAGAACCACGUUCACGUUCCUAAAGGAAGAGGGGUACGUUUCGUUGCAAAAUAAGGUCGAGAGCUUGAUGGCUAGAAAGCUUAACAGGGUGAGUCAUCCGGAGUUCUUGUGCUACUCAGGGAGCGUAGAGAGAGAUUUGACGAGAUUCCCGGUCGUCACCUUGCAAUUCUGGCGCGGCACGCAACUCAGCUUAGACACCAACAGCAUGUUUUUCCAGUUAGCGGCAGACGUCUUGUGCAUGGCCAUUAGUAAGUCAUUACCCGAUAUGAGUGACUUAUCCGUGAUAGGAGUGCUGGCACAACAGUCCUAUAAUAUAGGGUAUGACAUCAGAGGGGGCAACAUUUUCUUCCAAAGGAUCGACUGCAAUGCUCUCCAAUCACUUGUAUGA